ACUACAAUCUAAAAAUGUCAGCCGAAGUGGCUAGACCCCGUCAAUUGGCUCCUAUUGAGCAUCCCAUUUCGAGAAUCGGCAACCCACAAAAUUUGGAUGUAAGAGGUUUUUCCAGAGAUGGAAAUAGGAUUAUAGAAAGUAGAGCAAGUUCCGGUCGACCUUUAGCUAAUGAAGGAAACUAUGAGAAAAGAAGAACCGAGUCCAGAAGAAGUAGUAGACAAGGAAAAUUUUCGGAAGAACGUCCUCAGCGAAUCGAAGCAAUUCCGGAAGGAGUCGAAGUUAUUAGAGCCGAUCCCGGUAAAACUACAUUGCCUUUGUUUGGGUCUAAAAGUCAACUAGAAAAUCGUGCUUUCAGCCGCCUUUCGCAAACAUCACGAGAUUCGCAAAAGAGACGCUUAGAAAUCGAUGAAUUGGAACAUUUGCUAAAAGAAAGAGGCAAACAUGGUUUUAAUGAAAUAAAGAAACGUUUUAUUGCCAAUGAUCCAGAACAAAGAGGGAAUGUUUCAAAAGAGGGCCUUCAAAAGAUUCUUGUUGAUAUGCUCAAAAAGCCCAUUUCAUCAUCUCAAUUGGAAGAACUAUUAAUUCGUUUGGGUUUGGAAAAACGUAGAAUUAUAUCUUAUACUGAAUUUGGAGCACGUUUUAGAGACGCCUCGAGCCCAGAACAACCUAGAUACGUGGAUCCCGUUCAACGACAUUGGCAAGAGAGAGCAGCUCUUAAAGCAUCCGAAGUGCAUGAACACUUAAAAGAAAAAGCUAAACAAAACGUAAUAGAUGUCGUUGGAUUAAUACCUCAACAUAAUCCAGACGGAUCUCGUUAUAUUCUUAAACCAGAAUUCAAAAAUGUCUUGAAUAGUUUAGGACUUGGCCUAGACAAUGAAGAGUUUGAUAAAUUAUGGAAACGAUACGACCCUUAUUGCAAGGGAACUAUUGACGGAAAAUAUCUAAUGAAAGAACUUGGCAUAGAAGUAGGAGGGCAAAUUGAUACGGGAAGGUCAAGAGAGUCUUCAAGAUCCAAUAUGUUGAAAAAGGAAAGUGAUAGACAAAGGUCUAUUGACAUUGAAAAGUGGCUGAAGAGAAAAUUCAGAGAAGGCUUUAUUCAAAUGAGAAAAGAUUUUGAGGCCAAAGACAAAGAUUGUAUAGACAUAGUAACGCAUAAAGAUUUCAUAUCAGUUCUCAAGAAGUAUGGACUAAAUUUGGAAAUUGAAUAUCUAGACGAAUUUUUAGCAAGAUGUUCAAUAGAGCCGAAAAAAGCUGGUGUUCCCUAUAAAGAAUUUCUCUUAAAAUUCCAAGAUAGAAGCGAAGAAGGCAUGUCGCAUCAAAUUUUAACGAAUACCAAUCAUAAGUAUAAUCGUCCAAAUUCACCAAGCAAUCUUUCGUCUCUGAGUGCAAUUGAGGCUCGACUACUCAGCUACUUUCAAAAAGAUUUCCUUGCACUUCUUGGAACUUUUCAUAAAAUCGAUAAACUUAGUCAAGAUAUAGUAAGCCAAGAGGAAUUUAGAGCUGCUAUUGAGAGUAGAUUUGAAAUUGAGAUGACGGACGAACAAUUCCGAUUAUUUAUUGAUAAAGUUCCCUUAGACGAUGAGGGUAAUGUGAAAUAUGCUGAAUUUAUGGCUCAGUUCGAUACGGAGGGACCUUCAAAGCCAGCUCCAAGUCUAUUUGGACCAAAGAGGGCAAUGCUAAGAAAGUAUAAACCUAUAGGAGUACUGCCAGCUGAUCCUACUCCACCUCCGUCAGCAAAGGCCAAGCCAGUUGCAAGGCCUAUAGGCGCCUUGCCGAGAGAUCCAUCUCCACCAGGAGAUGAUAAAAAUCUGUUAUUGGAAGAAGAAGAGGAUCACGAAAGUUUGUUAGAGAUACCUCGUGAACCAAGAAACGAGAAAGAAUUAUUUAUUAUACUUAAGGAUUUGAUGAAGAAUAGAUAUCAAGAUGUGGAAAGAGUUUUCUUCGAGAUAGAUGAACUAAAUACAAGAAGAAUGAGCCAAGACACAUUGUAUCAGCUGCUGAAAAAAUUGAAAUUAGAGCCAAUCAUAAAUAGAGCAGAAAUUCGUUGCAUCUGGAAAUCGUUAAUAACAAAUACGGAUAAUACAUUAGAUUUUCUGCAAUUUGCUCGUCAUUUUGGUUAUUCUCUAAAGUCUGCUGCCUUCCCUAAUGCAAAAAUUCAACCUCCGAGGAAGGGAGACUCUGACUUGAUGAUGCGUAGCCGAAAAUUGAAUUGUGCUGCUGAUAUGCUUAUGGACAGCCUUCGAUCUAAAAUUGAUUACAUGUGGGAAGAUAUCCGCAAGGAAUUUGAAAUUAUGGAUCCUUACAAAACUGGUCUUGUUAGUAUUGAGGAAUUUCGCGACGUUAUGACUGAACUCUGCGUCCAUCUCUCAAACUAUGAGUUGGAUUUACUUACGAAGAAAUACAACACGGUAGAUGGACGUGUUUCCUACGUGGAACUUCUAAAACCCUUUGCUCUAAAGAGGCAAGUGUGGAGACAUGGAAAUAAUAUGUUAUCUCUUCUACAGUUUCCGCAAUCGGAUAAUGAUGUUUGUCGGCCUCCACAGAGAGGCAUGGACGGCGUGACAGCUAAACUUAGACAAAAGUUAUCGAGUGAUUGGAAAACUCUAAGACAAGCUUUCAGAAAAUUGGAUACAAACAAAACAGGCUAUUUAAACCUUGCAGAAUUUAAAUCAGUAUUAAAGUUGGUGAACGUAAUUUUGGACGAAGAGGAAAUUUAUCAAAUAAUGACAGAAUUCGACGAAAAUCUUAGUGGUAAAAUACCUUAUAAGCAAUUUAUGAGCAAAGCCUUGCCAGAAGCAUCUAUGAGCAGAAUGAGCUCUAGACAGUCGUUUGCAAGUUCUAGAAAGUCGGCUAAUUUCUGAAAGAAAAAAAUUGGUAUAAAAUCGAAAAGGAAAAGUUGACGACGUGGUUUUUUUGUUCGUUUUUUUUUAUGGAGUAAUCUACUUCUCCACCAUAAGUUUCUUUUUGCAAAAUAAACACCAAAGGAAAGAAUAAGGAAAAGCCGAACUAACAGAGCUAUAAUUGUCCUAAUGAGGUUUUCCUUUAUUAAUAUAUAUAUACUUUUUUCAUAAGAUCAAAAUAAAUGGAAAGUUAAUUAAAA